AUGGGUUUCGAGAAACAGAAACGGAAUCGCAACUCCUUCCUGAUUGAGAGAGAGGACAUCGUCGAGUGGAGGCGGCGGUAUUUGAGGGCAAUCAGAAAGCACAGAACCCAGAACCGCAAGAUCUACUUCCAGGACGAGACUUGGGUGAACGCCGGCCUCACAGUUGACAAGGUGUGGACCGACAGCGCCAUAAAGUCAGCAAGGCAAGCCUUCAUGUCUGGACUGACGACCGGGCUAAAGGUUCCUUUUGGAAAAGGUGAAAGAGUGAUUGUCACCCACGCAGGUAGUGACACUGGCUUCGUGUCCGGCUGCCUGAACGUGUUCCGUGGGAAGAAGAAGGGGGACUACCACGAUGAAAUGGACUCGAACAGGUUUGAAGCAUGGUUUCUUCAUCUGCUGGACCACAUCGAGCCUAACAGCGUAAUCGUUAUAGACAACGCGCCAUACCACAGCAGAAAGGCUGAAGCUGUUCCCACAACUGCUACAAAGAAGGGCGAGAUCCAGCAGUGA